GCUAUCGCACUGCUUACCGUGCGGUCGGAACUCAUCCGCUCAGUGCUUAUCGAGCUUCACCACCUUCUGAGACCUCAUAGUGGAACAUAAGCUUGAAAUAAUCACUACCACCGAGCCGCAUGAUUAUCUUCAUUAUCAAUAAGCUUUUAUGAAUCAUUCCGUAAAUCCGGCAUGCCGAUAAGGUAUCAUAUUAUAUAUCAAUGCCACUUCAUGAGUGUGAUCCUACUACCCUCUGCAAUAUCCAUCUAUACCCCGCUUGCACCAACUGGCUGACUGGGCGAACACAAUAAUACUUGCUCAUCUAUUCACUUCUAAAUUUCCCCAUCCAAAAAGGAACAUCAAGAUCAUUAAUUAAAUCUAUAUCGGGUUCCUUAGACUUUCGCGAUAAUCAUGAGUCUUCCUUCAGCACCUAUUAUCACAUUGGCCACAAAUGCGUCACUGCAGCCCCCGCUUUCACGUCGUGGUCGCGGACCCGGCAUCGUUCUUGUGGAUGCUGGGCUACCUUACUCUGCUGUAGCAAAGUCCGUCGAUCCUGCACCCCAAAAGAAAUGGGCAGAGGAGGGCUAUGCUGUUGUGCGGUUGACGUUUCCUCAAAAUGGUGUAAGUGAUGGAACGUGGGAUAUUGAGCAGGCUUUAGAGAGGGCCGUCAAGUCGUUGGUGGAUUUAGAGACUUGCGACACCAAGAACAAAUUCGCACUCGUUGUAUACGGAACACCAUCGCAUUAUCCUGAUGGCUUUGCAGCAAAACUUCAAACGGCCUACAAGGCUGCCGCAAGCAUCUUGGUGUCAGUUUCAUUUUCGGCGGAAUGGGACCUUUCAGUGAAGCCGGAGGUCGUACAUAUUGCAGGCACUCCAGUAACGCCACUGUCAAGACACAACACAACCACGUAUGAUUACGUCCAAGCUAAAUCGGAGGCGUUCAUCGUACCUGGAGCAGAAGGUUUCCACUACUCUGCUGCCUCGGUGGCGCAUACGAGGGGUCUCACUUUUAUUAAGAGGCACCUUGAAGGGCCUAUCUUUGACCUCGAGAAAAUAUGGGAUGAGCACACAUAUUACGAGUUUGAAAACCGCUCAGUCGAGAACACCAUGCUUACCAUGGUUGAUGAACCUUACGUCAACCACAUCCCUACCAUGACCGGUGGCGUUGGUCGUGAGAGAUUGACAAACUUUUAUCGCCAUCACUUCAUCUUUAGCAACCCCGAAGACACGCAAUUAGAGCUCGUCAGCAGGACGAUCGGCGUCGACAGGAUUGUGGAUGAGUUUGUUUUCUGCCUUACGCACACGGCGAAAGUCAACUGGCUACUACCCGGCGUGCCGCCUACGGGCAAGCCAUUGAGGAUCCCUUUCACCUCCAUCGUCAAUAUCCGAGGUGACCGCCUGUACCAUGAGCACAUCGCAUGGGAUCAGUGUACAGCGCUGAUUCAAGCUGGUCUCAUGCCGGAGUACCUCACAUUCCCCUACGAAAUCGAUGGUCAAAAGCCCGAGCCGGGAAAGAAGUUUGAGUACCGUGUUCCUGCUGGAGGUUUCGAGGUUCCUGCCAAGUUGCAGGAUCAUAGUGCAGCGCCGAGCAAUGAAUUGUUCGAGUACAAGGUUAGGCAGGUAGAUGCUUAGUCGAGGAUUCGUGUCUCACACCAUACGACCAAUGAUAUCAAUAACCAGCAUGAAAGUGAGCUACGUCCGUCUUUGUGG